CCUCCGCCCUCGCCGUGCGCUGUCGUCUGCGGGACCCGAGAAGCCCCCGGCGCCCCCAGCGGGGCCGAGGAGUCGGACUGGGGUAGCCUGCGCUGAAGGAGGAGCCGGGUCCGCGGACAAGCCCAAGGCCCCCGGACUUGGAGGUGGGAGGCUGAGGCCCCCAAGGGGGCCCCGCCAGGAUGGGCAACCUGGAGAGCGCCGAGGGGGGCCCAGGCGAGCCGCCCUCUGUCCCGCUGCUGCUGCCGCCCGGCAAGAUGCCGAUGCCUGAGCCCUGUGAGCUGGAGGAGAGGUUCGCCUUGGUGUUGAGCUCCAUGAACCUGCCUCCUGACAAGGCCCGGCUCCUGCGGCAGUAUGACAACGAGAAGAAGUGGGAUCUGAUCUGUGACCAGGAACGAUUCCAGGUGAAGAAUCCUCCCCACACUUAUAUCCAGAAACUCCAGAGCUUCUUGGACCCCAGUGUAACUCGAAAGAAGUUCAGGAGGAGAGUUCAGGAGUCAACCAAAGUACUAAGGGAGCUGGAGAUCUCACUUCGCACCAACCACAUUGGGUGGGUACGGGAGUUUCUGAAUGAUGAAAACAAAGGCCUGGAUGUGCUGGUGGAUUACCUGUCCUUUGCCCAAUGUUCUGUCAUGUAUAGCACUCUCCCUGGGCGCAGGGCCCUGAAGAACUCUCGCCUGGUGAGCCAGAAGGAUGAUGUCCAUGUCUGCAUCCUCUGUCUCAGAGCCAUCAUGAACUAUCAGUAUGGAUUCAACCUGGUCAUGUCCCAUCCUCACGCUGUCAAUGAAAUUGCGCUCAGUCUCAACAACAAGAAUCCAAGGACCAAAGCCCUUGUCUUGGAGCUCCUGGCAGCCGUGUGUUUGGUGCGGGGAGGACAUGAAAUCAUUCUUGCUGCCUUUGACAAUUUCAAAGAGGUAUGCAAGGAGCUGCACCGCUUUGAGAAGCUGAUGGAGUAUUUCCAGAAUGAGGACAGCAACAUCGACUUCAUGGUGGCCUGCAUGCAGUUUAUCAACAUCGUGGUACACUCGGUGGAGGAUAUGAACUUCCGGGUCCACCUGCAGUAUGAGUUCACCAAGCUGGGGCUAGAGGAAUUCCUGCAGAAGUCAAGGCACACAGAGAGCGAGAAGCUGCAGGUACAGAUCCAGGCAUACCUGGACAAUGUGUUUGAUGUGGGGGGCUUGUUGGAGGAUGCGGAGACCAAGAAUGUGGCCCUGGAGAAGGUGGAGGAGCUAGAAGAGCACGUGUCCCAUCUCACGGAGAAGCUUCUGGAUCUAGAAAAUGAGAACAUGAUGCGGGUGGCGGAGCUAGAGAAGCAGCUGCUGCAGCGGGAGAAGGAGCUAGAGAGCAUCAAGGAGACGUACGAGAACACGAGCCACCAAGUACACACCCUGCGGAGGCUCAUUAAGGAGAAGGAGGAGGCCUUCCAGCGCCGAUGCCACUUGGAGCCAAGUGCCCGGGGCCUGGAGUCUUCGGGCAACGAGGCUCUGGCCAGGGUAGGCCCUGCAGAGCUGAGUGAGGGCAUGCUGCCCUCUGACCUGGACCUCCUGGCCCCAGCCCCACCCCCUGAGGAGACCCUACCUCUGCCUCCACCACCAGCUCCUCCCUUGCCCCCUCCACCUCCCCCAUUACCAGACAAGUGUCCCCCAGCCCCACCUCUCCCUGGUGCUGCUCCCUCUGUGGUGUUGACAGUAGGCCUGUCAGCCAUUCGUAUCAAGAAACCUAUCAAGACCAAGUUCCGGCUGCCUGUCUUCAACUGGACAGCACUGAAACCCAACCAGAUCAGCGGCACUGUCUUCAGUGAACUUGAUGAUGAGAAGAUCUUGGAGGACCUGGACCUGGACAAAUUUGAAGAACUGUUCAAGACGAAAGCCCAGGGUCCUGCCCUUGACCUCAUCUGCUCCAAGAAUAAGACGGCACAAAAGGCCGCCAGCAAGGUGACCCUGUUGGAAGCCAAUCGUGCCAAGAACCUGGCCAUCACCCUACGCAAGGCUGGCCGUUCAGCUGAGGAGAUCUGCAGGGCCAUCCACACAUUUGACCUACAGACCUUACCUGUGGACUUCGUGGAGUGCCUGAUGCGCUUCCUGCCCACAGAGGCUGAGGUGAAGCUGCUCCGGCAAUAUGAGCGUGAGCGGCAGCCCCUGGAGGAGCUGGCAGCUGAGGACCGCUUCAUGCUGCUCUUUAGUAAGGUGGAACGGCUGACCCAGAGAAUGGCUGGCAUGGCCUUCCUGGGCAACUUCCAGGACAACCUGCAGAUGCUCACACCGCAACUCAAUGCCAUCAUUGCUGCCUCUGCCUCCGUCAAGUCCUCACAGAAGCUGAAGCAGAUGUUGGAGAUCAUACUUGCUCUAGGGAACUACAUGAAUAGCAGCAAGAGGGGAGCUGUGUAUGGCUUCAAGCUCCAGAGCCUGGAUCUGCUGCUGGACACCAAGUCCACUGACCGGAAGAUGACGUUGCUGCAUUUCAUUGCCUUGACGGUGAAGGAGAAAUACCCAGACCUGGCUAACUUCUGGCAUGAGCUGCACUUUGUGGAAAAGGCUGCAGCAGUGUCCCUGGAGAACGUGCUGCUAGAUGUGAAGGAGCUGGGCCGGGGCAUGGACCUGAUUCGGCGGGAGUGCAGUCUGCAUGACAACAGCGUCCUUCGGAACUUCCUCAGCGCCAAUGAAGGCAAACUGGACAAGCUCCAGCGAGAUGCCAAGACGGCUGAGGAGGCCUACAAUGCAGUUGUUCGAUACUUUGGUGAGAGUCCCAAGACCACACCUCCUUCUGUAUUCUUCCCAGUGUUUGUACGCUUCAUUCGUUCUUACAAGGAAGCAGAACAAGAGAAUGAAGCCCGCAAGAAGCAGGAGGAGGUAAUGCGGGAGAAGCAGCUGGCUCAGGAAGCCAAGAAACUGGAUGCCAAGACCCCAUCCCAGCGGAACAAGUGGCAGCAGCAGGAGCUCAUUGCAGAGCUGAGGCGGCGCCAGGCCAAGGAGCACCGGCCUGUGUAUGAGGGGAAGGAUGGUACCAUCGAGGACAUCAUCACAGGCCUCCACUGCCAGCCCACUAUUGUUCGACAUCAAGCCAGGAGUGCCACACCACCCAGCAGCUCCCCUCGUGCUCCAGGCCCCCACUGAGACCCUCUGGAGAGGCAGAAGCACUUCAGCCCUCGGAGUCCUGCUAGUCCAACCAGUGGACCUGGAACCUUGGAAUCAACCAAGGACCCAGCAGAGGCUGUGCUG